CUGAUCACUGUAGUUCAUGGAACUGGAAGUCUCUCUCUCUCCUGCAAUUUCCGUUUCCGUUAUUUAGUCAGACAGAGAGAAGCGAAAACCCAGGAAGGAAAAGUCAAACGGAGCCAUCUUUGGUUGUUGUGGGUUGUCUCAUGUCUGCUUUUGCUUUCUACUAUAUUUUAUAUUUACCCCCAUGGCUUGAUCAUGUAAAUCCUGCAUUAAAAUACACCAAUAACUAAAUUCUACUCUACCCUUUAUCCUAUGGGAGAAAUAAUAAUUUAAUACAGGCACCCCUUUCCUCCUUCUUCCUCCCUGGUUCGUUGAACUAGAUUUAAAGGUUCGGUUGGAGUCCGGAUGAGAGAGAAAGUGCUAGAAAAGAUAGAGAGAGAGAAAGAGAGAGAGAAAAGAAAGAAGACGGUGAUUUAUGUUGUUUCUGACCCAUCUUUUUCUGAUCUGUUUAUACACUUUUUGCUGUGAAAGUUGAAAGAUCCCUCUGAAUAUACACUUACCCUUAUACAGUACACAGAUAGAUACAAUCAGUGGCCUGGAUUUGCAGAUUCUGUAGCCUGAGGUAUAGAUCUUGGAUCUCACUCUCUAAUCCUCCAAAUCUUGGGGUAUAUAUGGGUCUUUGAGGAAGCUAUGGAGCUUUGAUCAGCUUAUUGCCCUUAUUCAUUGCUCUUAUUUUCUGGGCAUAGCCAUAUCUACACGAUAAGAGGAAUCUAAUUCAUCAGGAGAUAUCGGACUAAGAGAUAAAUUUAUACCGGUGUCUGCAUUGCUGCGUAUCAAUUAAAGGGUCAAAUGUCGUUCCGUAGCAUAGUUCGUGAUGUAAGAGAUGGAUUUGGGAGCUUAUCAAGGAGGAGUUUUGAUGUCAGGCUUCCGGGUCACCACAGGGGGAAAUCCCACGGUUCGUUUCAUGACUUGCAUGACCAGCCAUUGGUAGUUCAAAGCAGUCGGUGGGCCAACCUUCCUCCGGAGCUACUUUGUGAUGUAAUUAAACGAUUGGAGGAGAGCGAGAGUACAUGGCCUGCUAGAAAGCACGUUGUUGCAUGUGCUGCCGUUUGUAGGUCAUGGAGGAGUAUGUGCAAAGAAAUUGUUAGAAGUCCGGAGCUUUGUGGGAAGCUCACUUUUCCUGUUUCCCUGAAGCAGCCGGGAUCUCGUGAUGGAACUAUUCAGUGCUUCAUCAAAAGGGAUAAAUCUAACUUAACAUACCUCCUUUACCUAUGUCUUAGCAAUGCUUUGCUUGUUGAAAAUGGGAAAUUCCUUCUUUCUGCUAAGAGAACUCGACGAACUACAUGCACCGAAUAUGUUAUUUCAAUGGAUGCUGAUAAUAUUUCAAGAUCUAGCAGCACGUACAUUGGAAAGCUGAGGUCAAAUUUUCUUGGCACUAAAUUCAUCAUGUAUGACACUCAGCCCCCACAUACAGGGGCCCACGUUCCCCCACCUGGACGAACCAGCCGCAGAUUCUCCAAAAAAGUAUCCCCUAAAGUCCCCGCAACAGGCAGCUACAACAUAGCCCAGAUCACCUAUGAGCUGAAUGUGCUAGGAACGCGGGGACCACGAAGGAUGCACUGCAUCAUGCACUCGAUCCCCGCCGCCUCGUUAGAGGCUGGGGGCACGGUUCCUGGGCAACCAGAACUCCUUCCCCGCUCCCUCGAGGACUCAUUCCGGAGCAUUUCCUUUUCCACCGAAUUCAGCAGCUCCCGAUUCUCUGAGAUAGUUGCUGGCAGUACGAGUAAUGAGGAAGAAGAUGGUAAGGCGAAACCUUUGAUUCUAAAAAACAAGGCCCCACGGUGGCAUGAACAGUUGCAGUGCUGGUGCUUGAAUUUUCGUGGGCGGGUGACGGUUGCCUCUGUGAAGAACUUUCAGUUGAUUGCUGCCACACAACCGCCGCCGCCGCCGCCGCCUCCUUCUGCCAGUGGUGCACCCACGGGUUCUCAGCCGCCGACCCAAUCAGAGCACGACAAGAUUAUUCUGCAGUUUGGUAAGGUUGGAAAGGACAUGUUUACGAUGGAUUAUCGAUAUCCCUUAUCUGCAUUUCAGGCUUUUGCGAUUUGCUUGAGCAGCUUUGACACAAAGCUGGCUUGUGAAUAGAAGUGAACGUAUGAAAAUUAACCAAUAGAGUGGUCAGAAAAUGGCACAAAAAGAGCAUUGGAAG